AUGUUCGUCCACCACCCUGCCCUGCGCUGCCCUGCCCUGCGCUCACUGCCCUGCCCUGCGCUGCCCUGCCCUGCCCUGCGCUCCUGCCCUGCCCUGCGCCGCUGCCCUGCCCUGCGCUGCCCUGCCCUGCGCUCGCUGCCCUGCCCUGCGCUCGCUGCCCUGCGCUCGCUGCCCUGCCCUGCGCUCGCUGCCCUGCCCUGCCCUGUGCUGCUGGAGUUGACUAUACUGCUACUGAUAGUGGGGGACCCGAUCAACAUCCCUAUGUGGUUCUACUGGGACCUGACCAUGCUGCUGCUGAUGGUGGGGAACCUAAUCGUCAUCCCGGUGGGCAUCACCUUCUUCAAAGACGAACACACGCCCCCCUGGAUCAUCUUCAACGUGAUCUCAGACACCUUCUUCCUCAUGGACCUGGUGCUCAACUUCCGCACCGGCAUCGUCAAGGAGGACAACACCGAGAUCAUCCUGGACCCACAACAGAUCAAGAUCAAGUACCUGAGGAGCUGGUUCGUGGUGGACUUCAUCUCCUCUAUACCUGUGGACUACAUCUUCCUCAUCGUGGAGACACGCAUCGACUCAGACUUCUACAAGACGGCCCGGGCGCUGAGGAUCGUCCGCUUCACCAAGAUCCUCAGCCUGCUCAGACUGCUCAGGCUGUCCAGGCUCAUCAGAUACAUCCACCAGUGGGAGGAGAUCUUCCAUAUGACCUAUGACCUGGCCAGUGCCAUGGUGCGUAUCGUCAACCUGAUUGGUAUGAUGCUGCUGCUAUGCCACUGGGACGGAUGUCUGCAGUUCCUGGUUCCCAUGCUGCAGGACUUCCCCCAGGACUGCUGGGUGUCCAAAAACAAAAUGGUGAACGACACAUGGGGACAGCAGUACUCCUACGCCCUGUUCAAAGCCAUGAGCCACAUGCUGUGUAUCGGGUACGGCAUGUACCCGCCUGUGGGCAUGACGGACGUGUGGCUCACCAUCCUCAGCAUGAUCGUGGGCGCCACCUGCUAUGCCAUGUUCGUGGGUCACGCCACCGCACUCAUCCAGUCUCUGGACUCCUCCCGUCGGCAGUACCAGGAGAAGUACAAACAGGUGGAGCAGUACAUGUCCUUCCACAAGCUGCCGGCUGAUAUGAGGCAGAGGAUCCAUGACUACUACGAGCAUCGCUACCAAGGCAAGAUGUUUGAUGAGGAGAGCAUCCUGGGAGAACUCAACGAGCCACUCAGAGAGGAAAUCAUUAACUUUAACUGUCGAAAGCUGGUGGCUUCCAUGCCACUGUUUGCCAACGCGGACCCCAACUUUGUGACUUCCAUGCUGACCAAGCUGCGCUUCGAGGUGUUCCAGCCCGGAGACUACAUCAUCAGAGAGGGCACCAUCGGCAAGAAGAUGUACUUCAUCCAGCAUGGAGUGGUCAGCGUUCUCACCAAGGGCAACAAGGAAACCAAGCUCUCAGACGGAUCCUACUUUGGGGAAGUGGGCCAACGUUGGCAUAGCAUCAGCCCUACACGACAACAGGAUCUCUACCUUGACCAUAGUGAACACGUCAUCCUGCCGUGUCGACGUUCCUCUCUUCCUGUGUCCUGUGCAGAGAUCUGUCUGUUGACGCGGGGUAGAAGAACAGCCAGCGUCAGAGCAGACACCUACUGCCGUCUGUACUCUCUGUCUGUGGACAACUUCAACGAGGUCCUGGAAGAGUACCCCAUGAUGAGACGGGCCUUCGAGACCGUGGCUCUGGACCGGCUGGACCGCAUAGGGAAGAAGAACUCCCUCCUGCAGCACAAGGUGCAGCACGACCUAAGCUCCGGCGUUCUCAACUACCAGGAGAACGAGAUCAUCCAGCAGAUUGUGCAGCAUGACAGAGACAUGGCCACCUGUGCCCACCUCCUCCAGAACAUUCCUCCACCUCAGCCCCCGUCUCCGGGGCACACCCCCGUCAUCUGGGCUCCCCUCAUCCAGGCACCCCUGCAGGCUGCUGCCGCCACCACCUCUGUGGCCAUCGCCUUGACGCACCACCCCCACCUCCCACACCUCCCCGCCGCGCUCUUCCGCCCACCGGUCACGGUCCUGGGCUCCAGGAACCUCCAGGACCCUCCCCCCGGCCGGCUGAAGAAGUUCCACACGUCGGCGCCCACCUCCUUCAUGGGACCUGACUCCCCCUCCAGCACCCCAUCUAAACUGCACUGCUCUGGGAUGGACACAGCCCUGCUGGCCUCCUUCCGGGCCCACCACACGACUCAGGGGUCAGGGGCAGCCAGCUCCAGUCAGCAGGCGUCCAGCAGCAGUGGAACCCAGCCUGGGCCUAGUGGGGCCUCCGCCUUUCCCUUUGGGCCUUUCUCCUCCUCCGGGGGCUCUCCUUCCCACAGCACGGCCCAGCUCCAUUCACAGCCCCAGACGCAGCAGCCAUUCCGCUGCACCACCCCGCCUCUCGCUGCCCUCUUCCAGCAGGGAGCUGUGGGGGGAGCAGGGAUGGGUGGAGCAACAGGGGGAGCUACUGGGGGGGCUACAGGUUGGUCUUCAGGAGGCGCUACUGAAGGUGAAGUAGGAGGAGCAAUAGGAGGGGCUGAUGAGAGGGCCACAGGUGGGACAAUAAGAAGGGCCACUGGUUGGGGUAGACGUGGAUCUAUAGAAGGAUAUACCACUGGAGGGCAUAUAGGAGGAGCCACUGGGGGGUACUCAGGAGGGGAUAGUGGUGGGCACAUUAGAGGAACUAGUGGAGGCCAUAUAGGAGCUACUGGUGGAGCAAUGGGAGGGGCAGCUAGAGGGCAUAUAGGAGGGGCAAUGGGAGGGGCUAUAGGUGGAAUGACAAUUGGAGUUCUGGGUACCUCUAGUUCUGGUUGUAGUAUCAGCCCCCAGUCCAUUGGUUCAUCCGGCAACAUUAACCCCUGUCAGCUGCUCCACAGCCAGCUGCCCCCCAAGCCUCCACAGGUGGGCUCCCUGCAGCAGUUUGCAGGCGGGGGCAGGACUCCUAGUGCAUUCUACCACUCCCCCCCUCCAGGCUCCCCAUCCUCCUCCUCCACCCAGCAGGCCCCAGAGGGUUCCCCAUCUCCCCUGGCCCAGUUCAGCCUGGCAGGCUUACAGUCUGGACUUCAGUCUGGCCUCCAGUCUGGCCUCCAGUCUGGCCUGGUCCCUCAGCUGUCCCUGGAGAGGUCUGCCCUGGCCUCGUUGGCCCAGUACGGCUCAGCUAACGGCUCGCCCUGCUACACCCCCCUGGGGCCUAGCCCCACGGUCCAAAGCCCAGUCACAGGAAGGACUUUCCACUACAGCGACUCCUCCAGUGCCACUGGGUCCCACAGCUCUCUGCUCAUGCCCCAGACCUCCCUCCCCAGCCAGCAGCACGCAGCCGGCAGUGAGUCUCUGCUGGGGCUGGGCAGCUUCUCUGAGGAUAUGAACCUAUUGUCCUGUUCUAACCCCUCCCUGCCCCAGGAUGUGGCCCAGGCCAUGGGAUACUCCUCACUCCCACGUUCCUCACCCUCUCGCAGCUCGCCCCCACGCUCCUCACCCCCUCGCAGCUCGCCUCCACGCUCCUCAACCCCACGCUCCUCCAUGGAGCCAGGAUACUGUCUCUCCUCGCCCUACUCCUCCCCCAUCCUAGUGCCCAAACCCUGUAGCUCGGUGUCAGGACACAUGGCUCCUCCUGUCCCUGCCCAGAUGUCUCCAGGACAACUGCAGCACCAGACUCAGUCCCCCGUGGCCUCCCCGGCCCUGCCGCCACGGAAAGGCUCGGCAGCCCACUCUGAACUAGAACCUGUCCGCUCCAAACUAACCUCCAAUUUGUGAGGUUUGAUCACACCCUCCCUGGACUAGUACACAAACAAUCUUCCUGUAUGAUGUCAUUCUCUUUUAGGCUUCACUGUGUUCUAAUCGUUAUCAUUUCCACCAUCUUAAUAUUACUGUGAUUUAAAAGAUGACACUUAACCAGGUAACUUCUAGCUCCCUAGACUACUACACUUUCUUUGUUUUUGUUUUGUCCUUCUCCCUUUUUUAUUCAUACGUAUAUACAUAGAAAUAUAUUUAAAAGAUAUGCUAAUCAAGGGACAGGAGGGUGUGAACAGAAAAUGAUAUCCAUUUAAGAGAUGGUCAUUUCGUUCUUUCUAACUAUGCCAAAUUCAUAUGAUGGGGUUUGGUUUGAUGGUUAGAUGGACAACACAAUAGUACUUUUUUGCAGGAACCUAUGCACUACCUGCAUGUAUAGAUGCUUUUUUUGUGUGUUUUAAAAGAACAGAAUCAACCUUUUCAGUGGAAAAUACAUGCUUCAAUAAGAGCAGACUGACUUAUUUUUUCAUCCCAUACAGGAUCACAUGAUGUUGAUCCUUAAUCAACUAUUAUCAAUUAGAUGACUUAUUUAUCCACUGUAUAGACUUCACGAAACCUUCCGAGGUGGAGAAGAGAUUUUAGGAAACCAAAAAUAAUUUGCCUCCCCUUUGGCCUGUGUGUUGUUGUAUUGUCGUAAUAUUGGGGGGUGUUGAGUGGGCUACAGGCCCUCCAUCCCUGUAGUGAGACAGACAUCAAGUAUGAUGUGUUAGUGAUAGGCUUCCUGCAGUGUCCUCAACCCUGUCCUAACAAAUUCACUUUGUCUUCCAAGCUCAACAUGCCGCAAAUGUUUUGGAUGGACAAGGACAAGUUGAGCCCUGCAAUCUGUGUGCUAGUGGACAGAGUGUGUGCAUUUAUGUGUGUGUGUGUGAUAGUGACUGAGUGUGUGUUUGAGUGAUUGUCUGUGUGUUUAAGAGAGAAAGAGAGCGAGAGUAGUCUAAUGCACGAGAAGACUAACCAAGGAGGGUUUUGCCUUUUCACAAAACUAGGACUACCAUCCCAGCUUGUGUGUGGAAUUGUGUACCUCCAGGACUCUUCAAUCUCUCAAUGCUAGAAAACACUACACUCACUAGUGCUCCCAGAGCCAUCAAUCACACAUACAUCACAGUCAGAUAAUGUAGCGAACACACAGAAAAUAGACCAUUUGGACAUAAGCAAUUACGUUUGUUAUUGUAACGAUAUCAUAUACCUGUUGAAGUGCUGCUUGAUAGAAAAGAUCCACUCCAUAUUACUACCCACAGCUGUUAGACGGUCAACGUAGACAUUCUCCCACAUUGACUGCCAGUGUUGAGUUGAACAUGUUGAAUGUAUGCGCGUUUCAUAAUUUUUUAAAUUUAGAAUAAAUAUGGGUCAUGCGGUUUUACAUCAAGGAGGUACAGACAGAAAGACGGGUCGUGACGGAAUAAAAAUGGUAGUUGUGGACAAUUUCAUAGACCUGUAUGUUGAGGUUAAUCCCAGCGGACACGAAUGGUUGAAAUGACGUCAUUCCAGCCAGAUAGCAUGACUUCAUUUCAACCAACCAGCUGUAUGCCUGGCUGUGUGUUCUGGUUAGAUAGGUAGCAGUAAUCACCUCUGCUUCUCUCCACAGCCCAUCCCUCUCCUGCUCUCCUGCCCAUCAUAAGGAGCAGCAUGUUACCCUGGGUUCAGACAGCUGGGUCCAUCUCUAUCUCAGUCACACCACUCAGCCACAACACUCUUUUUUAACAACACAGCCCCUGACCUCUGACCCGUGUAGGCCAGCAUGGGCUAGUUGACAGAGGUACACAGUGACCACACUCUAGUCCCUCAUUACUACCUCCCUCAGCAGGCCUGUAUCAAGGGCUAACCACGCAUGCACACACACACACACACACACGCGCACACACUCAUGCACAUGCAUACACACACACAAGCCUUGGCAGUCUCCCAAUGCAAAUUGCAGUGUUGAAUUGAAUUCAUUUGAACAGAACAGUAAGAUUUCUAUUAAUUAAAAGGGCUUUUAAAAUGAGUUCUGUUCUCCUAUUGGAGUGAAUGCAGAUCUAAAGUAUCGGUUUUAAAUCAUCUCUCUUUCUCUCUCUCCCUCUGUUUGUUGUUGUUGUUUUACACCUGGUCUUCUUCUGCAGCGAGGUGCUAUCUAUCUAGAAAUAUCUGAAAUAUUUAUUCACUGUCUGUGUCUGUCUGGCAUGUGGCACAUGACUCCCUGACAGGCCGGAUUGACGGUGGGAAACCCACAGACAUCACCUCAGACAGACAGACAGGGAGGGAUUUAUUCUCUCCGAUAGAACACUCAGCAGCGUGAUUGGCUGGACACAGGGAGGGAACAGGGAAGUGAUCAGCUCCAGCAGAGGAAUAUUAAUGUCUGUAGUGUUUACAGUGCAAUCGUUAAAGACUGUGACUGCUGGAGCUGUUAAAACACAAAGCCAAUAGACUGCCAUGGCUGUUUCACAUCUGAACAAAAAAACAACAAGAACCUCAACCGGUUUGUUUAUUUUCCACAAUAUGACCUUAUUAAGUCCAAGAGUUGGGAAAGACUACUUUGGAUCGGGGUUGAGGGAGCUAGUGGUUGAGACAGAGGAGUAAAUGUGAGGAGACACUGAUAGAUUGGAGGAAUGACGUGGUUGGACAGACGGUCAGGGCGCUGACAGGUAGACAGCCAGCCCAUGGGGUUCGCAGGCUGACGAGCUGCUUGUUUUCUGGGGGACGUUGAAGGCAUGUCAACCCUGCCUUAUGAUUGUUCCUGAGCGCUGGUGUAGGUUUGUGGGAGGGAGGAGGAUAUUGAUUUGUGGGUAUUUGAGGCAGCUUUUGGGUGUUGCUAAGGUAAUGGUGUGUGUGCCUGUGCGUUUGUACAUGUGUGUCUGUAGGAGAGAUUGCAACCCAGCGUUCUCAACCCAGUGCCAGGGUCGAUGUCUGGGAGUGGUCGGUGUCUGAAGAUGGGUGGGCAGGGGAGGCACAGGUCAUGGCUUAAAGAGAGAUAGGCACAAGACAGUGAUCGAUUAGCUGGGUCUGGACCUGACCUGGAAGACCUGGGCCAUUAUCACACAUAAGGACGUGCAUAGUGUGUCAAUCAUUCCAGUCUGCCGCUGUCAUUCAGGGAGCUGUCAGUGUCCCGUCUGAAUGUACAUGACUCUGUCUCACCUAGGCCACACCUCCCUAACACUGAACUGUCUGGUCUUCCUUUGAUGCUAUUUGUUCUUCAAGUGGAUUUGGUUAUCUUUGGCCAUGUCUACACUUAACACUUACAUGCAACUUCUGCUAUCAGGAUAGGAAGAUUGCAUUGAAAAGACGGGUCUAGAUGCACAAAAGUCCCAGUGUGGCCCGAUUGUGUUCAGAUCUGCCUGACCACUUCAGGAGGUGGUCAGGGAUGUAUUGUGUGCUGAUUUCUCCUCAGUCUGGACACAAUCAGGCUACCGAAAGUGCAUACAGUGGGCGACGUCAUCAGCAAUCUGCCCACAAGUCUCCAGAAAACGUGUGUUUUGGGUGCGAGAGGCACCUUUUCAUAAUAAUGUUGGAGGAAAUACAUACCUAGCAUGGGAGGAACGUAUUUACUGGCUUCAUAAAUGCUAGCCAGCUAGCUAAAAUAAAAAAAAACACAAUGUUUUGUUUGGCUAGAGUUAUGCUAACCCGUUUGCAAUCGCUUUAGCUUUGCUAGCUAGCUUGCUGGUUAGUUACAGAGGUUAGUUGGCUAGCUACAGUAGUUGGCUACUGCCAUCAAGUUGUUUUGUUAAUAUCAGAUUUAGCCUGUUCCAACAUUUGCAGAAUGUAUACCGCAUUUGAAUAUAGGGAAAAGGGAACCCGGACACAAUGUGGACACGGUAGACAUUUAAAUGUAGGUGUAGAGGUAUGAGGUGUUCAGAAUUGAUCAGAACUCCAUGAUCAGAAUACACAAGCUGCAUGAACUGUCAAGUCUAGACAUGGCCUUUGAUUAAUUGCUGCUGAUAAAUGUGUAGCUUUCUAUAGAUUGUCUUUAAGGAUGUCUGUGGGGAACAGAGGCAAACAGAGGCAUACCAACUUCAUGUCCUUGGAGAUUUCAGAGCUCAUCCAUAAAGACCAUCUAUAGUAGACUAUAAAUAUACUUAAUUCUACAAAACAGUGAACCGUGUUUGAAUUCUACAUAUCAGAGACUGACUCAAUAUAGAGUAGAGCUAUUUCCAUUCCAUUUCCCUUUUACAUCCAUCCAACAUGGGAAGGUUGAUGUGUUGUGGAAUGCCAGAGAAAGCAUAUGAAGGACAUAUCAAGGUACAGUGAGAGCGUGGCAACUAAAGACUACUCAAUCCAAAUACAAACCGCUCCUCCAUUCUGAAUUCAUUUCAGGAUAGGCAGACAUAACCCUUGGAUGUUGUCUUUCUAUAAUUCAGUAAAAACAGACCAAACAAGUUUACUGUAUAAUGGCAGGGUGGAAGUUUGUUCUCUUUCCUUCCUUCUGCCUGCAGAUGUAUGUCAUUGUGUUCACCUCUGUCCAGAUCACGCCAGGGCCUUAGUGUGUUAGCAUGCUCUGGUCCUAUAGCACUAGCCAGGGCUGGAGAGCUGGAGGAAGUGGAGGGAAUGGGAUUCUGUGCUGCUGUUGUAGUGCUUCAUCCCAGACUCUUGUCUGUAUGGGAGACUUGGAGAAGCUUCUCCUGGCAUACCCAGCAGCAUUUCCAAUUCAGGGCGGUCUCUGUAACACAACACAUUUUGAUUCCAUUUGGACCACUCCCAAUUUCCGAACCUAAUCUUUGCCUCCCCACUUCCCAUUGUGCUGUAUUACUGGGCCGUGAAUGUGGGUGGGGGAAUCCAGUGGUGCACACUAAAAGGAAAUCAGCUGCAGUGAUUGAGGAUUAGAGGUAACAGCAGCAGAAUUGAACCUGCUAUUUCGGAGGCUGGGAGGAGAGAAACCGUUGUGUUUACUAGACGCCUUCAUAACUCAUUUAGAACCACAGAUUCAUUCUUAACCUUCAACCAACAAACCAUCCCAGCCUAUGUAGGCAUCUGAGGCAGGGACACAUGUAGCAACAUAUUUCAAAUAGAGAAAUCGAAUGUGGUUAAAACUACUGUUUAUGGCAGGGCCUGAUGCAACUGACCUCUUUUCCACUCUACUUCGGUCAGAUAGAAUAACAUGAAAAUGAUGUGAGUUUAAUCCCUAAGUAUGCUGUUGGGAGCAGUGUUAAGGGUGCAACCCGGAUAUGGCCCAGUUUAGUGAGAGUGUAGCAAAUAUGAGUGUGUCAAAUCAAGGAUGGGUGGUACGCAUGAGUGUGCAAUUCAGAACCGCAUCACCUAGCAACACAGAGGCGUCAUGGGUGUUAGUCAAACAAGGCUGCUUUGGAGCAAGACCUUCCAGUCCUCCUCACUGGCUUAGGGGGGAAAGGGCAUACAGUACAUGGAGUGGAGGUGAACCAACCUGCUUCUCUCUUACUGUAGCUUUCGUUAUGCUGAAUUAUGUAUAUCUCACAUACUCUGAUGAUACUUAGGAUCAUAUGUCAAUGUAUAUUUACGUAUACAGAUUUAUAUAUUUCCAUAGGACCUAUUUAUAUUUCUGUAUUUAUUUUAGAUUCUUAAGUGACGUCAUCAUCACCAUGAUAAAGAUAAGCAAUGUUCACCAAACUGUGUGUAUGUACAGAUUCAUAUCAUCAUUAUGGUUUUUAAACGAAACACAUGGUUUGCAUUGUAUAAUCUCUUUGACUUUGGUAAUGUGCAGGAGUGGGACAUGACGCGCUACGGUACAUCACUUUCUAUCAGAUGGCUUUGUUCUGUUUUGUAACCGCAGUGACAGUCCCACAGCUCUCACACAGACACAUCUCUGCGGAGGACAGUAUUUUUGACUGCGUUGCUAUUGAUCAAUGGAUAUCAAUAUAUAUUUGCUGUGUUUAAAAUGGGAACCAUGGGAUAUAGCAAUAAGGGAGAUGUACAGGUAUGUUGUGACUGGCUGUGUUUACCAGGCACUGUGCUAUCAGCACGACCAGCGCUGUCCAGUAACAAUGUGGAU